AUGCAAAACCCUUCGCUGGUGGCACCCGUAUUGCUUGAUUAUGAUAUCCAAGAGUACAGAAGCCCCCUAAUGGCUUCCUUAGCCGAUGGUGCGCUGGUCAUUUCAGCGCCUGCAGACAUCGUCGCAAAUUUCAACUUGACCGGGUCAUCGGCCAGCAAAGCAGGCGCGCCACAGAAAUAUAUUCUGCAGAGCAUUCAUAUGCGAAAGCCGCCCAUCGUUGCGGAGGGGACGAAGCAAGAGCUCAGCCACGAGCUGGAGGUUGUGCUUGUGCAUCAUGAGGUGACCGGGACGGGAUAUUUUGCAAACGUGAUCGUCCCCGUGGAGGUCAGUGCAGAGCCUGGGCUGGACCUCUUGGCGCCAUUAGUAGACCAAGCUGACUUACCUACAGAGGUGGGGGAGACACAGCCCGUGCUGGUCACAAGUCUUUUGCCUCUCAAGCUUCAGCACGUAUUCCAAGGAGCUUCCUUCCAGCAUUUUUGGGGAGAUGUUACGACGUCAUGUAAUCAAAGCACUGCUGGUGCACGGAUAUUGAUGCGAAAUACAACGAUGGCCACGUCCAAGCCAAUUCUGGCGAAAGUCUUGAAAUCACUGGAAUGGACGCCGAGUGUAGCGCCAGCUACGCCUCCAGCACAGACAUGGAUGGUCCAACCAUGUCCACGUGGAGGUACUUGUGCUCUUCCGACAGCAACGGAUUUGAGUUCACAGUUGUCAGAAGCGACGAGUGUUCUUAAAGAAGACACGGCGAAGUUGGAAGAUGCCAAGAAGGCAAUGGAUGCAUCUGUUCUGGCGAUUGCUUCAAACAUUUCGAACGUGAGCAAUGAUGCUUACAACGUAGCCAUCAGACGGCGAGAUGACCUUCGAAACGCAGAAGCUGCGGUGGAUGGUGCAAGUCGCACGGUUGAGACAUUGCAGGCUCAGAUCGACAGUGCCAAGUCCGCUGUUUGGGAUUCGAAUGCGCCCGCCCAGGCCACGCAGGCCGUAUCAACCACAGUCGCGAGCACAACCGCUCAGACCACUACCACUACCACUGCCACCGCAGCAGUUGCUGCCACGCCGAGUUUUCUAGAAGGCAGUUCGCACACUCAGGCUUGCAAUGUGGCUGGUAUUUCCUCCCCAUUAGAGAUGGACCUGACUCAGAUGGAGCAUGUGGAUGCUGCAGUGGCAGGAGCGGCCGAGGCUUUGUUAUUCUGGCGUCUGUCUGCAACCCCGCUGCGCCCGACUGAUGCUGCUGCAGCAGAAACAGCAGCAGAAGCACCACACUUGCAUGUGGCUAAUCUGGGUGAUCGACUUCGCAUCUCUGGUGACAAGCCAGUCAUGGUACUACUGGUACAUGGCAAAGAACUGCCCAUUACUUUUGCCGAUAUCAGUGUUCCAGGUGAGCACAGCUCGUCUGGCAAGCGUGCAGAUGCAGAGAUUCAGCUGGUGCACCUCCCAGCAGAUCCGACACAGGCACUGGCCGUGGCUCUGCUCAUGGAUGUUGGUGACAAGAAUGACAGGAAUGCUGAGAAUGCUUGGUUGCAACACAUGGACGCGUCGCUGGCGUUUCCGCGGGCCGGCGAGGUUGUGGAAGUGCAGGGGUCCGAUCCCAUGUUAAUGCACCCGGCUUUUUCGAGGGGAGUGGCCGGACACUACUACCGCUACAGCGGGCGGUUGCUCAAGUCCCAGUGUGCCCACGUCAGGUGGCAUGUGUUGGAGGAGCGCGGCCACAUCAGCGACCGGCAACUGCUUGCCCUCCGACAAGUGCUGCGGCCGCCGGCUUCUGCCAACAGCUUCUCCGACCCUUCAGCCCUGCUCCCGAUGCUCGGCAUGCAAAAGCACAUCCACAUUUGGCUGCCUCAUCCUGCCGUUUUCUGUGGCAUCCGGCAGUUGCGCUUCGACCUUCGGACAGGCGAGUGCGUGCACGCGUUUCAUCCCGUUCCUUGCAUUGAACUCAUGUGGAGGUGCAAUGCCGAUACUUACGAGCGGGAAAACUACGUGGCCGAUGGAAGGACACGUGUGGUGAUGUAUCCGCGCCGUAGGUCGGAUUCGCGUUCGAGAAGGGAUGCAAGGGAUGCUGAGGAAAUAUCUCGCAGCAUCUAUGUGGACAAGGAGCUUCCUGCAGACAAACUCAGCAGUGUUACAGCUGGUCCGCAGAGUGAUGAUUGCUUUGAGGUGUCCCCCAAGCGCAGAGGGCGGGGAGAACGGCAGAGCAGUCGGUCUCGCAGCUGUGGUGUCCGAAGAGGUACUGUGCCUGACAGAUCCACGUCGCCCGUGUCUGUGGGCUCCUCCGUGCUCGAUGCGGACCCCGAUGGUCCGAGCAAAUCAACCCGCGCCUCAGAGGCUCGUCAGUUGGGUUAUGCUUCUCCUUGCCGCCAUUUCAGCAGUUUCGGAGGUUCCACAGGGGGCGCACAGGACAACUUAUGUCGGGCAGACGGUAUUCAGUUGUACAUGCAGGACGAUGAAAAGUUCCGGCCAAGCCAGCUGCCCAAGAUGCACUGGCUGACUGUGAUGGCAGAAGGGCAUCUGAAUCCUUCUCUGCCCCUUGCCCGCUCCUUGAUCAAGCUGGGACAUCAAGUACACUACCUCUCCCGGGAGUCGGUCAGGCCGGCUAUCGAGAAAACGGGCGCAAGCUUUACGGAUGUUGCCGAGGAGCAAGUGGAGCUUUACGAGAACCGCGAGCAGGAUAUCUUUGGUGCUUUUCGGGCCGUUGCGAAGGAGCACGGGCUGGAAGAUGCCCCAAUGAUGGUUGGUCUCUGCGCAACAUCGCCGCUCCACCUGGAGCUCCAACUGCCAGGCACCAUUCGCUGGAUGCAGCGAUUGCGGCCGGACGUGGUGCUGUUCUGUCCAAUGAUGAACCCAGAGGCAGUUUACGCAGCCAAGUACCUCCAGAUACCAGCUGUUGGCUUGUGGACCUUUGCAGGUCCUGGUGGCAUGGUUGGUGUCGUGAAGAUGUUCCUCCAUCAAUCUGGGAUACCCCUCGAAGAGGUAUAUCACCAAAUCGAUGCAUGUCAGCCGAUGAAGGACAGCAUUUGCAGGCUUCAGAAGAACUACGACAUAUCCUUCGAUUUCAGAACGGCUCUGUCUCCAAUGGGCUUCUUAAGCACGAUGUGCGACGCGAACGUUAAUUUGAUAACGACAAUUGAAGACUUUCAGGAUGAUUUUCCCGCCGAGCUUUCCCAGGCAUACUCCGAGGCAGGUGCCAAGUUUGAGUACGUCGGCCCUCUCUUGGAAAGCGAAGUGCCGGGACUGGCCGAGGAGGCGCUGAGAGUCUUGGCGGUCGCCCAUGAGGCCCGCCAGGCGGGCAGGAAGGUGGUGCUGGCCAGCAUGGGGACCAUCCUGGUCUCGGAUAUGGAAGAACUGGGCUGGAAUGCCGUGCCGCGGGAUGGCUCCGAACAACCCCGAGGGCUCACGGGCAAGCAGCUUUGCCAGGCAGCCUGGAGCGCUGUUUUCGAUGCCUUUGGUGGAUCCGAAGAGUCGGAAGAUGCCCCGCUGCUGUUAGUUGCAGUCGGUCGGCAACCGGAUGCAUUGACCGACAUAGACAUUCCCAACAAUGCACUGUGUCUGCCUGUCCUGCCACAAGUUCCACUUCUGAAAGCCAGCGUCGACAUGUUCCUGACCCACGGUGGCCAAAACAGCUUCAUGGAGUCGUUGUCCGCUGGAGUGCCCGUGGUGGUUUGCCCUGGAUUCGGCGAUCAGGUCGUGAAUGCCAUGAAGGCUGAGGCGAUGGGUGUAGGACUUCAGAUGCAGCGGCCUCAUCCCGUGCAUGGUGAGGAAGCGGCUGCCAUCGCCAGCUACCGUGCUGAAGUGUCGGCUGCAUUGCUUCGAGUACUCUGGGAGCCACAUUUCAGGCAGAAGGCGCAGCGCUGCAAGGAGUGCCUCUGCGAUGCUGGGGGCAUGUGCAAAGCUAGGGAGAUCCUGUUGGGGCUGGCCGGCCACUCCUACCCAAAGCUGCUGGGGAAAAUCGGCCAUGUGCCAGCAGAGACAGCAAACAAGGUGCCAGACGCGCACUGCACAGUCGACACUGAAGUGUAUGGGCUUUCAAUGGUGAGUUCUGGGCAGCUUCGUGCCGUGGAAGCUGGCGAAUGCGAAGUGAUGCAUGUGCGACGGCGGGUGGCCAAAGUGCCUUCUGCACCCGCCGCGCCAGCAUCGCCGGCGAAGCCGCCGCCGGCGAAGCCGCUGCCAACGCUGCCUGAGGCACCUGCGGAACCGCCUCAGCCACCUCAGCCGCCUCCGCAGCCGAGCCCGCCGCACAGUCCGCUCAAGGCCCAGGCGGCAGCAGAGGUGCCCCUGCCAGGAUCUGUAGCUCCGAAGGUUUCGAAACUGUCGAAGCCAGAGGGCAGGGUGCGCAAACGCCGCCGGUCGGCCUUGACUGACUCCCAGGAGGCGGCUCCACGGCGAGUUGCUCCGCCACAACGGCGCACGGCCGCCAAGUCCGCCCCAGCGCCUCCACCCGGCUUGCUUGCUGCGGACGUUCUCAGCAUUGAGCUGACUGAGAGCGAGCAGAAAGAGCUGAAGGAAAGUGUGGUGAGUCACGUCAGGAAGAUUGUGCAAGCAGACGAUGACGAGCCAGACAUUUUGGCCGAGUUUGUCUGCGUACUUCUCGACAGGCGGAAAUCUAGCCCUGAGAUGCUAGAAGAGUUGUCUGUGAUGGAUGACGAGGCUCAGCCAUUCGUGGCAUGGCUGCAGAAAGAGAAGGCCGGAAUCCUGGCAAGGCGGCCGCCACCCCCGAGCCCGGUUGCGAAGGCACAGGUGCCGCCUGACAGGCCGCCGGGGCAGUUUACGCCACUGCCACCUCGUAGCCAUGCAAUGCUCAGGCCCAAUGCUGUGACGACCUCGUUGGAGGAAUCAGCCAAGGUGGGAGAGCGCCCCCAAGACAGGGGCCUCGUCGUCAUAACAAGCCGCUUGAUCUUGCAGCCGAACAGCGGACAUCACCCAGCUGAUGCGACUCACCGACCACCGCCAGAGGUGAUAGAUUGCGAAAGAGUUUCGGCGGCCGAGAAAAAGGCUGAGGAAGCAUACCAGAAGAAGAUGGAGCUUCUGGCGGAGAUGACCAAAGAGCUGCAGGUCAUCCUGCAGCGGCUUUCUGAUAAGAACCUGUGUGACAGCACUCGCGAGAAGUACCAGAGCCUGGCGCAGACGAUACAGAACAGAAUGUCGUCCCUGUCUCGCCCGCUCGCUGCUGAAAGGGCAGAGAAAGCCUACGCACAGGCGGCCGCAGCAGCAGCCGCUUCGGCCGCAGCUGCAGCAGCAGCGGCGGGCGCCGAGAACUCGCCCGCGAUGUCACCGGCGCCGUCAGCGACUUCUGUGCCGCCGCCCGAAGCGCCUGGAGCGCCUGGAGCGCCUGGAGAUCCUGGAGCCAUGCCUGGCGCUGUGCCUGUGCCAGGGAGCGUGGCAGCUCCGCCAGAGACCGUGCCCAGCUGA